CAAGCACAAAUCGUAGGCACUGGGCCCCCACCUACCGUGGGCCGGCGGAAGUAGACAUUUGUGGAAGGUUCAUGCACCCACCCACCGUGGGCCGGCGGAAGUAGACACUGGUGGAAGGUUCAUGCACGUUCCCAUCUCUCUGUCUCCUAUUUUCCAUUUCAAAAGAAUUGAUUGUUCAAGUGCGGUGGUGUGAUUUCCGGCACCGACCCAUCCCUCAGAUUGCCAAUUAAUCUGCUUCACCAUCAUCAUCGACUGAUACAGGAGCAAGUCCAUAACUUUUGAGGUUUUUUUUUGACAUGGACGUGUUUGGCAACGGAAGAGUGCACAAAGGGUUACAUCUCCAAGAGGAUUUUCUAUAAUGGAGCUAAAACCAACUUAUGAUGUUGAAGAUACCUCUUCUACACAGAGAAUUCAGCAUGGCCUGUGGCCACGGGGUGAAAUUGAUCCAAAGAAAUCAAAGUUCCCUUGUUGUUUAGUUUGGACUCCCCUUCCGGUCGUCUCAUGGUUGGCUCCUUUCAUUGGACAUGUUGGCAUAUGCAGGGAGGAUGGAGCUGUUUUAGAUUUCUCUGGAUCCAAUUUUGUGAAUGUUGAUGAUUUUGCAUUUGGCGCCGUAGCCAGAUACGUCCAACUUGACAGAGAGCAGUGUUGCUUUCCUCCGAACCUUGUGGGACACACAUGCAAACACCGUUACAGGCAUGCAGAGUAUGGGACUGCAAUCACAUGGGAUGAUGCGCUCCGUUCCGGUGAGCGCCACUUCCAGCAUAAAUCAUAUAACCUCUUCACCUGUAACUGCCACUCAUUUGCUGCUGGUUGUCUGAACCGAGUCUGUUAUGGUGGAACGUUGGGUUGGAACAUGGUGAAUGUUGCGGUUUUGGUACUAUUCAAGGGACGGUGGGUCAGCCCCUUGUCAAUCUUGAGAUCUUUUUUGCCUUUUACAUUGGUGUUGUGUUUGGGUAUUUUCAUGGUCGGGUGGCCGUUCUUGAUCGGACUUAUGUUUUUCGCUCUCCUCCUGGUUGGAUGGUUUACGUUUGGUACUUAUUGUUUAAAAAAACUGUUAGAAUGCUAGAAGCCUUGGAAAAAAAUGCAGAUGUUCUUUUGUCA